AUGGCGGAGGAGACCUGUACAACAGACUCGGAGGCGAAGGCGCUUCAGCGGCUUGCGGAGCGGUACUACGAAGCGUAUAAGCGAGAGCGCGGCAGUGAUAACGCGCCAACGGUGGAGUCGUCAUUGAUGCGCAUGAUGGCUGUCAUGGGAGAGCUGUCUACACUGGCGUUCACGUCUUCGUCAAGCAUGUCGCCUUUUGAAAAGGACGAAGUAUCCUUGCUGAUCGGAAAGCUCAGCAUCUCUGUGGCGAUGAUUGCCGAGGCUUUCCACCUGAACGUGGGGCGGUCUGUCCUCCAGUAUCUCGAAGAGGAGCUCCGCACGGUUCCGCUGUCGCAGCGUGGCGCGGUUAACAACGGCCGUGGGACAAAGGCGGCGGAGUUCGACGGCACCUCAGCUGGGGCCCCGCCACUGGACUCGCGGGCGUCGGUUUCUGACUCUCCUCCCCCACCGCCGCCGCCACCGGUAGCGAACCACGAGCGUUCGGUGGUGCUAGGUCCGACUGAGAAUGACGACUUUUUGGGGCACCUCGACGAACUCGCCAAGCUGCCGCGAGAGCAGUUUGAGAAGGCCGACCUGAAGUGGGUGGCUCCGUUGCCCAACGGCACAAUGGAAGAGGUGAUCCCGAACGGGCGCUGGAUAAAGGUUCGCUACGAGGAUUUUCCUCACUACAUAGCGCAUAUUGCUCGGUACCGCCAGGGUCGUGCGAGCCAGCCGCAGUCGUCGCCUCCGUCUUCCCAGUCCACGAGUGCGGUGGGCCGGCAGGGGUACAGGCAUCCCAAUGCCGAGUACCCGCCUAACCGUGCGCCGGCCGUCUCUGUUGCGCCGUCCAACAUUCCUGUCAUUCUGGCUCAGGCGCCAGGCUACGACCCCGAUCACGAGUCCACCCUUUACUCGCCAGGCCACUUUGCGGGUGACCUCUUCAGCCCCCUGGCACGCGCAUCGGACGUGCAGACGAUGAGUGUCGUGCCACCGGCUGCAGUGGUGACGGAUAUGGGCGGUGGGGCAGCUGGCUUUGAACGGUGUAGCCGCCCCGCUGUCCAGCACAUUGGUCGUCCGUACGAUGUCAGCUCGUUCCAUGACAAGGUCAACCUUCUCCGUCGCGGGGCGGUGCCAAGCGCGGCGAUUGCGCAGCUAGGCCUCACCUUCAGUGUACCGGACGGCCAACGCGUUGUCGAGCUGGUCAACGACGGCAUGCAGGUGGAUGUGACAGCCGCCAAUGUGAGCGAGUUCCUGCGCCUACUGGACAACUAUCCAACCGCGCAGGCUCCGUCUGGCCGCGUGCACCGCACGAACAGUGUGAGGAAGAUCGACGUAGGCCGCAUCAUCUCCGACGUCCCCGCAACGUUCAGCCCGUCACACUUUUCACACGGCCUCUUCGCCCCGUACCAGGAGCCCACCUCAUCGGUCUAUGUGGACUACGACAAGUCGGAGCGGAUGCUGCCGCGCUACCUGAAGGAGCAUCACGUAAGCCCUGCGGAUACACGAGGCCUGUACGUGAGCGCUGCGCGCUCUUCCGACUACGCCACCUUAGAGCGCAUCGUGCAAGAGGUGAAAGUGAAUCCGUCUGCCUUGACCAAGUACGGUGUUACCUUCAGCGUGCCGAGUUCGCUAGAGCCGUACUCGACGCCAGACGAGCGGCGCAGCGGUCUCCACGCCUUAUUCCCUUCCUCUGCUUUGCAGCCGGUGCAGCCGGAGGACCGACUUCAUUUUCUCUCUCUCGCUCGUCAGUACUACCCCAACGUUCUCUGA